UUUUGGCUGAUAGGUUGGUGAAAACAUUUUGAUUGAUUUCACAAACUGAAGCAGAGUAAUACAACAAAAUCACAGUCUCAGGGAUCAAAUCGAAACCAAUCUAUUAAUUUCAAAAACAAAUAUAAAUCAAUGGGUAGCAAUAAUGGAGGAGGUGAAGAGCAAUUGAAGAAGAUGGCGGAAUUGAGCAAAACCCUAAAAGAAGGAGAAAGAAUUCUAGCGCCCACCCGAAGACCCGACGGUACACUCCGAAAACCCAUAAGGAUUCGGGCCGGGUAUGUUCCCCAAGAGGAAGUAGCCAUUUACCAGUCCAAAGGUGCCCUGUGGAAAAAGGAGAUGGCAUCGCAAGUAGUGCCUCCAGGUUAUGAUCCACCUCCGGAUGCAAAACCCAAGUCUAAAUCAGCGAAGAGAAAUGAAAGAAAGAAGGAGAAACGGCUACAGGCUGCUCUUGAAAAGCGUAAGGACUUGGAAGCAGUGGCAGAUGAUGAGACUACAAAAGAGGAUGUACCUGAGGAAUAUUUAAACAAUGGAUCAGAAUCUGUUAACUCAUUGACAUCUCAGAUGACUGAUCUGGCUGUUUCCGAAAAUCCUGUUCCAACCUCUCCACCCUCAAACUCAGUGGAGGCCUCGGAUGCUGGGGCACCGGUUCAAGAUCUUGAUAAAAAAAUUCGGGCACUUAAAAAGAAGAUUCGGCUAGCAGAAGCUCAACAGCAAAAAACUCCACAGCAAGAGAUGAAGCCAGAACAGUUGGAAAAGUUGGCAAAACUGGAAGGUUGGCAUGAGGAGCUAAAGCUUUUGGAGGAUAAAAAGGCUGAAUUGGUCGCAUUGUGAGUUUGAGAUUUGUCUCUGUGAAGAAGCUGUGUAGUUCAUUUACAGUUUGAUGGGAUCCAAAAACUGCAUUUUGGAACAGAGGUCAAUCUAUCAAGAUUUUGUUCUUAAAAGUGGCAUGUGAAUUUGCAUUGAUGCAUAUGACCAUGUUUAAUUAGCAUAAUUUGCUUAGCAUUCCAUUAUUCCUCCAAUGUUAUAGUGGAAAAUGAGCAGCCGAAAAUUUGGCUUUCAGAUUAUUUGACUUAUUUGGGUUAGUUGUGAUUCAAACACCAAAUGACAGCUACUGAUGACCCCUUUAACCUUUGGCCUGUGCAAUGGUAAAAGCUUUUGGCUAGUAAGGCCAGAAUACAGAUACAAAACCUUGGGAGUGAUUA